CACCAAGCCAAAGAGCAGGAAGUCGCCUUCACGAGUUGCUGUUGUAACUCUCAGAAGACGCUAUUGUACUCCUCUCUAGUGCACGUGGCCAAUGAGCUCCUGACACCAGUUUUGCUGAAAGAAAUCGGCAUGAAAAUCUCAACAGCCCAUCAUUAAAAACAUCUAGCAACUUGUUGGUCAUCAAGAAGAAUGUUCCCCUCAGUCGGAGAUACAGGGCAGGAGAUACAGCCUAUUAAAGAGGAAGAGGAGGAGCCACAGCCCGCCCACAUUAAAGAGGAAGAGGAGGAGCCACAGCCCAAAGAGGAAGAGGAAGAACUCUGGAUCACUCAGGAGGGAGAGCAUUUUCUAGGGCCAGAGGAGGCUGAUCUCACCAGGUUUCCACUGACUGGUGUCUCUGUGAAGACAGACGACCAUGAAGACAAACCACCUGAGUCCUCACAGCUUCAUCAUAGUCCAAGUGAGGAGAUGAGAGAGGCGGAGCCUUCAUGCAGCAGCUCACUGCAACACAUGACAACAGAAGCUGAUGGAGACCACUGUGGAGGAUCACAAGCAGACAACCUCUUAGCUCCACUGUCAGAUAGUGACGACACGACGUCACACUCUCCUGAAGAUGAAGACAGCGACUACAACCAAGAAUCUCUGAGCAGCGAUACAGACUGUGAAGGUGAUAUGACGACUCACACUGGCAACAAACACUCUGAAAGCUCUAAAAAGAAGACAGAGAAACCUUUUAACUGCUCUGUUUGUCACAAAAGACCACACAAAGGAGAAAAACCUUAUAUUUGCUCAAACUGUGAUAAAUUAUUCACUGAAAAGACACAGAUGCAAAGACACAUGAGAACACACGCGUGUGAAAAACCUUUCAGUUGCACGGACUGCGGUAAAGGCUUCACUUUAAAGAAACACAUGAAAUUACACAUGAGAACACACACAGGAGAAAAACCUUUUAGUUGCUCACACUGUGGUAAACACUUCUCUUUCAAGACAAACAUGCAAAGACACAUGAGAACACACACAAGAGAAAAACCUUUUAGUUGCUCAGACUGUGGUCAACUCUUCACUUCAAAGACAAAUAUGGAACGACACAUGAGGACGCACACAGGAGAAAAACCUUUUAGUUGCUCAGACUGUGGUAAACGUUUCACUUCAAAGACAAACAUGCAAACACACAUGAGAACACACACAGGAGAAAAACCCUUUAGUUGCUCAAAUUGUGAGAAAGUCUUUACUCGAAAGGUAGACAUGGAAACACACAUGAGAUCACACACAGGAGAAAAACCUUAUAGUUGCUCAGACUGUGGUAGAAGCUUCUCUGUAAAGGCAAACAUGGAAAGACACAGGAGAACACACAUCGGAAAAAAAACCUUCAAUUGCUCUAAUUGUGAAAAAUGCUUCACUCAAGAGACAACCAUGCAAAGCCACAUGAGAACACACACUGGUGAAAAACCUUUUAGUUGCACAGAUUGCGGUAAAGGCUUCACUUUAAAAACUCACAUGCGAAGACACAUGAGAAUACACACCGGAGAAAAACGCUUUAGUUGCUCCGAGUGUGGCAAAGGCUUCACUCAAAAGGCACAGAUGCAAACACACAUGGGAACGCACACAGGAGAAAAACCUUUUGGUUGCUCAAAUUGCGAAAAGCGCUUUACUCAAAAGAGAGCCAUGCAAAGCCACAUGAGAACUCACACGGGAGAAAAACCUUUUAGUUGCUCCAAUUGUGAAAAAAGUUUUUCUCGCAAGGCAGACAUGCGAAGACACAUGAGAAUACACACAGGUGAAAAACCUUUUAGUUGCUCAGACUGUGGUAAAGGCUUCACUCAAAAGAUACACAUUCGUACACACACAAGAUUGCACACUGGAAAAAAACCUUUUAGUUGCUCAGAGUGUGGCAAAGGCUUCACUUUAAAGACACAAAUGCAAUCACACAGGAGAACACACACAGGAGAAAAAGCGUUUAGUUGCUCAAAUUGUGCUAAACGCUUCACUCAAAAGAGAGACAUGCAAAGACACAUGAAAACCCACACUGGUGAAAAACCGUUUAGUUGCUCAGACUGUGAUAAACGCUUUCUUCGAAAGACAGACAUGCGAAGACACAUGAGAACACACUCGGGUGAAAAACCUUUUAGUUGCUCAGAGUGUGGUCGACGUUUCACUCAAAAGGCACACAUGCAAUCACACAUGAGAACACACACAAGGGAAAAACCACUUACUUGCUCCAAUUAUGGUGACGCAUUUUCUUUGAAGUCGGGAUGUAAUGGUUAAUUCACUCCAAAGAUGCAUGGAUUCAUAUUGCCAUGAUUCAACUACAUUGAUCUGGGUUCUCAAGGUUCAAUUCCGGACGACAGUAUGUAUUAAUAGAUCUUAUCGAUACCAGGAUAUGAAACAGCGGAUUUAAGCAUAGCAGGUUUUAUAUGGAUGUGGGUGUUUUGGGCACUUCUAAUGAUGAAGAUGUUAAAUGUUCGUCUGUGUGUCUGUGACAUCAUUGUCUUCCGUGUAUGUGGUGGUCAUGGGAGUUGUAGUUGACAUGUGAAAUACAUUUGAUUGGCUUCUUCUUCUUUUGGUCAGUUCAUUCCCUUCAUUCAGUAUUCAUAUUUAAUCACAGAUAAAGUUAUAAGGGCCUGUUCUGUAAAUACAUAUUUUUAAGAAAAGAGAAUUCCAGAAAUAAAGACGGGAGUUUAUUAUUUUUUUUUACAAAAGAGGUCAGACAUGGCGGAAUGUCAGAUGCCUGGACCAGAGUGCCCUCCUGACUGAAACUGAGCCAUUCUCGGUUCCACUCCAUCUCCAGGGUAAGUCUAAAGAACUUACAUCACAUGGAACCUUCCUGACUCCACCCCCUUAGAACUCAUGCCUACAAAUGAGUGACGCCCUGGGCGGACUGAAGCCGUGUGAAUGGAGGAAAAGACAGGAAGCAGAACUGGAGGUAGCAGAGAUGAGGAUGCCGAGGUUCUGAUUGGGAGUGACCGGGAUGGAUAGGAUCAGGAAGGAGAAAAUCUCUUAAGUUCUUACAUCAAUAGAAUUAUACUGCCAGAA